AUGACAGACAGGAGCCGGCACUUUCCAACCCCUUUUCGGACUGGCAUUGCCACCCGUAGGUCAAGCUCAAGAUCAACACCACCGGCUCUCACACAAGCAGGGCCGUCGGGAACAACGGCUGCCUCGGGGCCGGGAACGGAAUCGAAACGAUUUUUGGAUCUGCCAGCCGAAGCCGUCUAUAACAUAGCACACCAUCUGGACGAAAAAGAUGACCUCGGAGCCUUUGCGGCCGCCAACCGCGACAUAUACAAGCUACUGCGCGAGCCUCUCUACAAGUUCCACAGGCAGUACGCCCUCGCGUGGGGCGUUCGGCACGGCCGGCUAGACAUUGUGCGCUACGCACUGAGAAUGGGCGCCGACGUGAACAAGGCCUACCUGUGCAGGCCGGCGAAGAUGAAAUUCGGUAAGAACGAGGGAACGACCCUGAGCGGGAGAACGUGGUCUAGAAUGAGAAAAAACCUGAGCCGAGCCACGAUCUGGGAGGAAUGGUAUCCGAUCCACAUGGCCGUCGAGACGGGCAACCUGGAAAUGGUCCAGCUGCUCGUCGAGAAAGGGGCCAGCCUGCGCUCGUACUGGACCCGCCGGGUCGGAAAGCGCGCGGCGAAGCUGUGGGCACGCGAGCCAAUGGACCACUUUCACGACAUGCUCAUUGCGUCGUACCGGCCGCUGCACACGGCCCUCGCCCUCGGCUACGACGACAUCGCCAAGUUCCUGAUAGACACCAGCCCCCAAAUCAAGCGGGUAGCUGGCUGGGUAGCGAACGACGACGUUUUCGAGGACGGAAUAGAUGAGAAAGACGGAGAUGAAAACCGCGGGGGCGAGUUCGGGUGCGCCUUCGACACGGCAUUCCACGUGGCGGCGAGAUUCGGCCGGGCCGACAUGCUCCAGUACAUUGCCGACAAGACCACCGUCAACGUCAACAUCCAGCAAGCGCACCACGGCUCGGCGUUCGGCGCCGUUGCCGAGGGAGGGCGGGAAUUCGGAGCGAGGCUCUGCAUCCCCGUGCUGAUCGGUCUCGGGGUCCGAAUAGACUGCGAGCCCAGCCCUCUGCUGACGGCGUGCGAGCUCGGCAACUUCGAGGCGGCCGUAGCGCUGCUGCGCCACGGCGCCUCCAUCGACUGCCCAACCUGGACCCGUGGCGAGCCCGGCCCCGGCACGCCCAGCAUCCUGCACUUCUGCGCCCGCGCCUCUGUCUCCCGAGACAACCAAUACGCCCAGCGGGAGUUCAUCCGCGAGGCAGACAGGAGGGGCGCUGACCACUCGAACUACUACCGCGGCUUCACUCCUCUCGGCGAGGCAUUCAGGAGAUCGGACGCGGUUGCCAUGGACGAGCUGAUGUCCUUUGUGGGUGUCGACACAGAGCAGCCCUUUAGAGUUGAAACACCAGACGGGGACCCGCAGGACACUCCCGAGACAAUCGUGGAAGCGAUCCUCGAGGAAGUCAUGAACCCCGCCUACAUCAACCCCAACUACAUCUUGCCGUUCGACGAGAUCGCGCCUCCAGCGGACGAGCCGUCAGGGCUGAUUUUCAGACGCGACUUUGCGCUCCCGCUGAUGUUGAAGUACUUGGCAGACACCGGCCAGCUCAGCCCUGCAGCCCAGAGACUGGUUCCUCGGCUCCUGCGCGAGGCAGCCAACCGGUGGGGCGACAACGACCGCAUCUUCCUGGGCGACCGCCCAAACCCCACGCCUUACACCUUCCGGUCCAAUGUCUCCAACGACAGCCAGUGCACCGAGGUUCUCCCCGGCCACGAGGCCCGGAGAAUCCACAACGAGCUCAAGGCCCUGAUGUUCAACGGAACCCGUGGAGCGGACGGUGACGGCGACAGCGGGGUCGCCAGUGGCUCGUCGGAUGAGUCCGACGGCGACUAA